AUGUCUCGCAUACAGCAGGACCAGUUCGUCGAGGACGAGGAGGACGAGUCAUGCCCCCUCUGUGUUGAGGAGUUCGACCUCUCGGACAAGAACUUCCGGCCAUGUCCCUGCGGCUACCAGAUAUGCCAGUUCUGCUACAACAACAUCAAGACAACUCUGAACGGGCUUUGCCCAGCCUGCAGACGGCCGUACGAUGAUUCGACCAUUGAAUUCAGGCGUAUCACUCCCGAAGAGCUGGCCAGGCACAAGCAGCAGAUAGCCCAGAAAGCCAAGAAGAACGCCGCCUUGCGACAGAAAGAAGCGCAGAAGGCUGAAGCGGAUUCGCUGAGCCGGAAGCAUCUGGCGGGAUUGCGCGUUGUUCAGAAGAAUCUCGUCUACGUUACCGGACUCACCCCCACAAUACGAGAGGAUCGGUUACUUGACACUCUACGUGGGAACGACUACUUCGGCCAAUACGGGAAAAUCAUAAAGAUCGUCGUCAGCAAAGCCAGGGAGAACGCUCAACACCAACAGUCUGUGGGCGUAUACGUCACUUUUGCAAGAAAGGAGGACGCUGCAGCAUGUAUUGCGGCCGUUGACGGUUCGCAUAAUGGAGACAGGACCUUAAGAGCCCAAUACGGCACCACGAAAUACUGUAGUGCAUAUCUUCGUGGUGAACAAUGCAAUAACCGGAAUUGCAUGUUCUUGCACGAACCCGGCGAGGAAAACGACAGCUUCACCCGUCAAGAUCUUUCCAUGAUGAACUCUAUCCAGACGCAACAACCUAACCAAUCUCCCGCAAACGCCGCUCCGCCCCCUCAUCGUGGACCGGCCGUGGCUGCGGCGGCGGCCCCCAUGCAUAGGCAGGAAAGUAGCGAUACUCAUAGUCCGACUGGAGAUGCCCCUGGUCUGCCUGCAACCGCAAGCUGGGGAAGUAAGGCCGCACAAGAGCGCCGAGCCAGCCGUUCUACCGUCGCGUCGAAUUCUAGCCCCAUGGUGACGAACGCAGUUCCCGCGCAGGCUCCCAAGGCUCUAGCGAAGAACGAGGAGGUAUCGAAGAAGAAAGAGAAGGAGAAGGAGACAGAAAAGGAGAAGGAGAAAGGAAGGGAGAAAGAGAAGGAGGAAGCCAAGGAGAAGGAAAAGACAGCUCAGACUGCGCCCCCUUCUCAGGCCAAGAUCCGGUCCGCUGCACGACCCUCUCAGCCCUCGAUCCCAGGCUUUGCCGACCUUCUGAAAUCCUUUCCUAAGUCGAGCUUCAAGUUCGUUUUCUCUUCUGCUUCGUUGUCCGACGAAGAUCUGCAAGCCAUUUCCCGUUAUCCGCCGCUGAUUGAGCUCGACGGAGGUGCCAAGCGCCGUGCUAUGAGGGAAAAGCAAAGAGAGCUGGAAGCCCAACAAAUCGAACGGGAAGCUGACCUGAAGUCAGUUAUCCAAGACACUGGUGCUGAACAGAAUGAGGAUAAUGGCGAAGCCACUGCAGGCGGUAGUUUGCAGCUUGGUGGUGAGCCCGAAGAGAGACAUGAAGCCGGUCUUGGUCAGGGGAAUCGUAGUGCGAUUGCACCUCCGGGCCAGAACCCCAUAUCGGCUGGAAUCUAUGGACCGAGCUCUUCUCUCACUGAAGAUUUCGCGAGUCUAGGCUUGGGUUCCCGUGGCUUGACGCCUCAGCAGCAGCAACAACUGUUACUCUCCACCAUCAAAUCUGGGUCGCCUCACCCGCCUGGACUUCAAUCCAUCUUUCCUCAGCAGCAAACUCACGGCCAGAUGGGUAACGCUCCUGGUCACGUCCGCCACGCUUCCCGAUUCAGCUUUGCGAAUGACAGCGCUUCAGCUUCCUCGUCCGUACAACCUGUGGCGAAUCAAAAGCUCAUGAACCAGCAGUCUUCCAUGAUGCCUAAAAAUGCUGGCCAUUUCAAUCAAAUCUCUCAACACCAGCCGAUGGGAACCCAGUUCUACACCAGUGGGGUGCAAGGUCCACCUCCUGGCUUGAAAGCAACAGGUACCCCUCCUGUCAGUGGAGGCGGCAUGUUCGGUCAGGGCCAUGGAUUCACCACCGGCGGAUUAGGGUAUGGAGCGACUGCUGCUGCCAGGAACACCAACGACAUGAUGUAUCAGGACCUGUUUCGUGGUAGGAAUAUGGACAGCGGAGCUAGGGUCGAUACUGGAAAGCGUGAGUCAAUGUUUCCUUCUUUUCUUAAUCAACACCCCACGACCUCCACGCCGGCCCCUACCCCUGGCCUUCUGACCUUCCCUUAUGGGCCUUCGCCUGGCGCUUAUCAGGAAUCUGGUUCGCAAAAAUCUAAGAAAAAGGGAAAAAAGCACAGACAUGCUAACACUUCCUCCUCUGGGGGAGGUGGUAUAGUGGAUGUUCAAGACCCAAGUAUCUUACAGGCAAGGCUCCAUCAAGGUGGCGGAAUGCCGGGGCAGGGACUGUACCCUGGUCAAGGUCAAGGUCCCUUUUCCUCCCUGUAUGGAAAUAGCAGUUAUGGUGGCGGCGGGGGACGGUGGUAG